AUGGAGAUGCCAUUACAGGAAAUGCAAUUGGAGGAGAAAAAAAGAAAAUUGAGGACAUUUGGGGAAAUUAGUGACUAUAAGAAAAAGGCCCGGGAUUAUAUCAAGAAGGAAGACACAAUCAAGAGAGGAAGAUUUCAUAGCAAAAUGCAAUUGUUUUUUGGGGGUUUUUUUUUCCAAAAAUACAAUGGAAACAAUUAUCUGCAGAAAGUGAAAGAGUAUUUGACAAAUACAAUCUCACACCUUCAAGCGGCAGAAAAUAAAUUUUAUGCUGCAAGCUGCAGACAAGAUGGUGAUUCUCAGAACCAGACUGGUGAAAAUCUUUCUGGAGAAACAGAUGUGCGUUGUUCGGAAGGAGAAGCAACAGACUCUGUGCAAGCAUCUUCCAGUUCCAGACAGCAAUUCCAAAGAAAGCCCUUUCUGAUCAAGACAGAAAGUCAAAAUGUCAAUCAAACCCACACAGGUGAAAUUAAAACUGUGGGGACAAUUGUAUCCUUAGCUGAAAACAAAUCUGCUCAAGAACAAGACACCAGCAGAGAGUCUCCAAUGAAAAAGGAAGAUGGUGAACACCAACUAGUGAUUGUCUCUUUUACAGAGAAAAAAGAGUGCAGUGGAAAACUUCAUGGAGGUAGCUCUGUUACUGAAAAGCCUCCAGACCUGGCUUUUCAGGAUGCUCUCACAAGCAAUGAGGAAGACAUUCUGUCUGGGACAUUGAAGGACAUUUAUGACAGAAGCACCACGAAUUCUUUUCAACAGAAGAAAAAGGAGGAGAUUUUUGGAAAUUACCUAAGUACCUUCGCAUCUUCAGCACAAUCUUAUGAUCUUCCAGAUGUGAAUCCUUCUGUGAGUGAUUCAGAAGAAGUACAAAAAUCUAGAUAUUGGAUGAACAAAGAAGUGGGAAAAAACCCCUAGGAAAUAGUUUGUUUUAUUAAAGCCCCUGCAAUUGUUCUGGAGAAUCUGAAGCGUAAUACACUCAAUGACACUCGUUCCUUGGUGGUGGAUGAUUCUGAGGAGCUGGUCAGCAAUGUCAUCAGUAUGGAAUGUUAUGAUUAUGAAAAACCAAUUUUCCCUAUUAACAUUGCAAUCCCAUUUACAUCAUGCUUCAGAGGAAAUUAUCAGGAGAUUAUGGUGAAGGUGACUGAUACCAACUUGCAGUCAAACUACUUAACUCCUAUUUCUUUACAAGGAUCCUAAGGAAACCAUAAGGAAAGCUUUGCAGAAGUAAAAAUUUAUCAUCUGGGUGUUUUUUCUUUGUUGUCAUGCUUAAAGAAGGAAACAUUUACUGUUCCAAAGGUAGGACUCUUACAAAAGCUGAACGUGGAUUCUCAAAUCUCUUUCUGUUACCAUUCAGAAACAUUCAAUUCUCUGGCACCUAGGCAGUUAAAGAUUCAGCCAAUUGAGCCAUCAAUUUCAGCACUGACAGCAAGACAUUAUAUGUAUCACUCAGUGAUAUCUAUGAGUGCACUGGUUCAUGUCCAGCAUCCUUCAUCCCAACCUUUUAACAGCUCAGUCACUAUUACUCUACCCUGUCCUCCCAUCCCAGACAAAAAAAGGCAAGGAGUUGAGACAGAAGAUGCAAGAGCCGUUAGUGCUACAGGAAAGAGGGUUGCUGCAGCAUACCAUCCUCAGGCUGUGAGCACUUCUGUGAGAAAAAGUGUGGACAAUCUCAGUGAUACUUUGAAAUUAUUAGGUCGUAGAAAUGAAGAGGGGUAGGUGUUUGAUGAUGUUAUUAUCCAGAAUGCACAGAACGUGCUUGUAUCUUUUGAACUAAAUGAGCAUUUAGAAAGCUUUGUGGUCAUUUGCCUUGCAUUCCUUUUGGAAAACAGGUAUCUUCUCCUCUUUGCUCAGGCUCUGGAAGAAGCUCUCCAUAGCACCACGGCUAAUGUGAUGCUGUAUCAGAAAAGAGAAAACCCAUAUAAAAUAGUAGUUUUGCUGUCUGCAUCCAGAGAAUUAACCAAUGAACUUCAAAAUCUCUAUGAGGAAGGUUAUAUUGGUCCCCCAGAACCUACACAGCACUUCCCAUUAAGACAAGGAGAGCAGAUUCAUUUUAGAUUUGGAGGAAAUAUUUCUGCUUCAGAAAGGAAUGUGGAGCUUAAUGGGAAACUGCUCCAACUGAAAUGGAGAAGCUUCAGGAAAGUCUACAGACUGAUUUUUCAUUCCAGACAACCAAGGCUGGAGCUCCAAAUUAGAGAAGGGGAUGAAUUUGGUAAUCACAGUUCACCUCAUUACAAAGGAACAGCAGUGUUUUAUAAAAUUACCAGAGAGAUGAUACCAAAGAAAUGGGAACAAACCUUACCAUAUGAUGAAUAUCAACACCGGUCUCCACUGUGCAAAUUAGCAUUAACAUUGCCAAAGCAUGAAAAAUUGAUCCACUGUCCACAAAGAACAAAAAGAUUUUUUUUCUGAUCUUCAGAGGCCCUAUGGGACAAGUUGCUUUUCUGGCUUGCACAAGAGCUUGCAGAAGACAAUAUAUCAUUAUUUGCUUUAUGUUUACCUGUUCAACGGAGCAUGUUUCAGCUUGUUAGGCUGAAGGGCCCUGAUAAUUUAACACACCAGAUGUAUGAGCUGCUUUGCUGCUGCAAAAAGACCCUUCCAAAGUCAGCUGAUAAACAGCAGAUCUUGUCUCAGUAGUUGCAGAAGAGUGGCAGAAGUGAUCUUUCAGAAGAACUUCAUUUAAAGUGGCAAAAUAAGGUGUUCACCUGA